AUGUACAAUAAUCAUUAAAUAUUCUCAAAGAAUUAUCAAAUAUUAAUUUAUAAAUCUCUUUAAGUUGAAAAAAUUAAAUGUUAUUGAAUUCAUUUAAUAUUUUCUAAAUCCACUUUACAAAAUGAUGAAAAUUAUCAAGACUUGAUUCAAAUUAUUAAUAAUGUGGAAGAAUUGAUUAAUUAGGCUAAAGCUUAUUAACGCUAAUCAAAUCUAUUUGAAUAGAUUGUAACUUUAUAUUAAUAGCAAACUAAUAAGAUAGAUUAGAUUUAAUAAAACACUUAAAAUUGGACGAAAGAUUAAAUUAUUAAAUCAGGAUCAAUAAAUGCUUCAUUUUAAAAUCUAUCUCAAAUCUUUAAUGAUUAUACUAUCACUAUAGAUAAUAAGAGUAAAUAACAAAAUUUUGUAAUAUUUAAUAAUUUGAGAUAGAUUUAUUCAAUGUAACAAGUUAGGAAUAAUAAUUUGGAAGUUGAAGGUAAUUUAUAUAAAUGAAAAAUAGAUGCAAACCUCUUAAUUCAAAUUUCAAUGUCUUCAGAUUAAAAAUAAUAGGAAAAAUUUUAGAAAUAUAUAAAAGACUGA